UUUUGAAACCAAAACAGUCAAGGCCGAGACGACGAUAAGAACAAUCCUUGGAGGAAAGGGACGAUCAAGUUGACAUUGCAAUAAAGACAUGAUCGGCAAUACUUUGCAUUUUUCAAGCUUUAUUGCAUUUGCAAAUCUUGUAUUUUCCUUUAAUUUGGACUAUGAAUAUUCUGUUUUAAAGACUGGACCAGAAGGCAGUUUAUUUGGUUUUUCUGUAGCUGAACAUCAAGAGAGAAGUAACAACUGGAUUAUUGCAGGUGCACCAAAAGCAGUCAAUAAGUAUCUGCAAGUUUCAUGGAGUAAAGAUAACACAUCUGGGACUGUGUUCAAAUGCAAUGCCUCAGAACCAUCUUUUAACUGCACAGAAGAAAUCAUGUUUGAUAGCAAUCCUUCUACAUCUUCAGAAUCAAAAACUAAUGAGUGGCUUGGGGUGUCAUUGGAAAGUCAAGGAAGGGAUAAAAGUGUUAUGAGUUGUGCACAUAGAUAUGAAUAUUACGGUAAAUCGCGGCAGUUUCGUUUACUGGAAGGUCAAUGCUAUCAAGUGGAUGCAACUUUGUCAUACGAAGAAACUUAUUACAACCCUUGUCGUUCAUACAACAAUGAUCGAUCCUCCACGCCUGGACAUGAACGUUAUGGUCAAUGCCAAACUGGCAUUGGUUUUAGCAUGAAUCCCAAGUACGACAGCGAUGGUAAUAUUAAAGUCAUUUUGGGGUCUGUUGGUGCAAAAGAUUGGACAGGCCGACUUUUUCAAGCUGACAGUGAUGGAAAGCAGAAUGAAACUCCUUUACCAGAGGAUAAAUAUUACCAAGAUAGUUAUUUUGGAUAUAGUGUUGCAUUAGGAAAAUUUUACUCUUCGUCUAGUAAAUCAGAUAUUGCAUCUGGUGGACCAAGACAUGAAAGUUAUGGCACGGUUAUUGUUCAUAGAAGUAAUGCAAAGGGCUUUUACCAACAAUUACCUGAAAAAAAUUCAAGGGGAGAGAUGCAGAUAGCGUCAGGAUUUGGAAUAUCUUUGUGUGCUGUAGAUUCCAAUAGUGAUGGGGUUGACGAGUUGGUUAUUGGAGCACCUUUCUAUGCACCAAAAGGAAGUAAAGAUCGUCCAGAUAAUGGUAUCGUUUACAUAUAUCACCAACCAGAAGGACAGGAUAAAUUAGUUUUACAUAAGAAAAUUAUUGGUGAGAAAAAAUAUUCCCAGUUUGGUUAUGCUGUUGCAAAUGCCGGUGACCUUAAUCGUGAUGGUUACAAUGAUCUUGUAGUGGGUGCACCUCGUGAGAAUGGAAAUGCUGGUGCUGUUUAUGUUUUUCAAGGAUCUAACCUUGGGCUUCUUACUGAAAAAUCGCAGCAUAUCCCAGCUUCAACUAUUCAUAGUGGGUUAACGAACAACAUUGGAUUAAAAGGCUUUGGUCGUUCAUUAGCUGGUGGUCUUGAUUUGGACAACAAUGGAUUUAAUGAUGUGCUUGUUGGUGCUUUCAUGUCAAAUCAAGUUGUUCUCUUAAGGUCUCGACCAGUAAUUCGAACUGCAUCAAGUAUGGAAUUUAGUCCCACAGAGGUCAACAUCACGGAUAAAGAUUGUUUUGUAAAUAAUAAGUACACCAACUGCUUCAAGCUACGAUUUUGUUACAAUUUUUCUGACUUAUCGCUUGUUUUGGAUAGCAAACAAAAAAAUGUCUCUGUGAAGUACACGAUUAUUGCUGAUCCUAUCCGUAAGCCAAGAGUAAAUUUUGCUGAAACAUUCAACAACGUGUAUUCUUUCUAUGUGAAAAGUUCAGUUCAAACAAAAUGCAAAGAUAUCGAGAGGAUGCAUCUCAUCUUCAAUGAGGAUGGUGGAAUUGCUGAGUAUCCCGAUUUAACAUUUGUAGUGAAACACGAACUUCCAUAUGGUGAUGGCCUGAACGAAAUACCAAAACCCAAUCGCAGUAGCGAAUAUAUUCCUUCUUUGGAUGAAUAUCCCAUACUUACAAAACAUUUCCAUGAUGGUUCAGCCUCGUCCAAACACAGGCUGGAAGUUAAGCUAAAGUUUAAAAGAGAAUGUACCACAUGCAUUUCUGAUCUGUCAAUUCAUUCAAAAGCGUCAAAUUACACCCUCCGUCUCAGAGAAAAGACCUUCCGUUUUAACGUAACUAUAAAAAAUAAAGGAACAGAUCCGGCCUUUUCUGUUGGACUGAAAUUCAGCUUUCCACCAAAGUUAGAACUUAGCCAUGUUCUUGACGAAAAUGAAGACGAAGUUUUAUGCGAGAAAGACGCUUGUCAAAACAUAUUUAACAAAUUUAAAACGAAUCAAGUGACACAACUUGGGGUUGUUUUAAACACAAGAAGCUUUGGUCCAAACAGCGCAAACAACAUCUCAGUUUACGUGACAAGUGUCAACGAUGAAGCCAAAAACACAACAUUCGAUAACAAGAUUGACAUCUCCUUCGAUAUCAAAGUUGUGGCUGACAUCCAACUUUUAGCGGCUAUUUCAACACAACAGGUCCUAUAUGAAGGGACAGUUAAAGGUGAAAAUGCGAUGACAUCAUUGCAAGAUGCUGGACAAGCUAUUGAACAUAAAUAUGCCGUUUUAAAUAAUGGUCCGGAUAUUUUGCCGAAAGCUAAUGUCACAUUGUACUGGCCAAUUGAAACAUUAAGUGGGAAGCAUCUUCUGUAUCUGGUGGGAGUGACUUAUUCAAGUUCGAACGUGAAAUGUGUUUUACCAGAAUUUACGAACGUGUUGCAUUUGAAGAGCAAAAACAGAACGACACCCUCUAAACUGAUAGCAAAUGCAGUAGAAUCAAACACGGUGUUUUUACAAGCAAAAGGAAAGUUUUUAAAGAGCAGACAGCGCAGAGAUGUGUCCAAUACAUCAGUGCCUACCGAAACACCCACGGUUGUUUCAGAAAACAAAGUAUUGGAAAGAAAGAAAGACGGGAUAACUUUGGAUUGUACUAGUGGGAAAGCUAAGUGUGUCUCUAUCACGUGUACAGUAGAAAAUUUGAAGAGUGGAGAUACGUCAUCGAUAACUGUUAAGUCGAGACUAUGGGAAGCUUCGUUACUUUUGGAUUAUUAUGGAGAUGUGCUUACUAUCGUAUCGCAUGGUAUGGUGGAGUUAGGAACAAAUGUAUCUUAUAUCAGUGAUCCUAACUUAGAUAAUAAUGAGAACGAACUUUACACUGUGAUCAAUCCAGUCUUUGCUGCUAAAGGAAAAGAUAGUGGAAUCAAGCAAUGGCAAAUAGCUUUGGCAGCAGUUGCUGGUUGUUUACUGUUAGCCUUGUUAAUAUUUGCUUUGUAUAAGGUUGGUUUCUUUAAACGAAAGAGAACUUCAUCAAGUACAUAUAAAAAGAAGGAAACGGAUAAAUCGUUAAUUGGAAAAAGCAAGAACGGUUACUAAAUGUACGGGACCGAGAAAACAUUCGCACAUUUGUCGGAGUAAGAAAACCUUAAGGACGACAAAUUUGAGUUUUAGGUUUUUAAUGAACGUAAGAAUAUGUGGUCUUUAGAAUUUUUAUGCAAUUUAAUGUUUAUACAUCUUAUAAUUUUUUAAUAGUUAUUUUGUAUUAUUUAGAGCUUGUUUUUCCAAAUUUACAGGCUUGUCUAAAAAUCUCUUACCUCGCGUUGACCGCUACGCAGUACAUAAAUAUAUUUUUAUUUCAUUUAUUUCAUAUAUUUUCUAUUUUAUUUAUUAUUGUUUAUUAUUUUUAUAAUAAAUUAGUUUAUUUUGUUAUAGUAUUAAUAUAUGUUAUUAUCGUAGGCUGAACAAGCUUUUUUUAAAUAAAUAUUCAAAUAAUAUAGUUUAUAUAUAAAAAUUUUACGCAACCUAUUUCUUCCAUAAAUUUCCACGGCGUUCUAUGUGAUGAAGACAUAUUUUGAUGUAGAGAAGUAAUACACAUGUUUUUUUAUAAGAACGAUUUUAUAACAUUACCUUAUGUUUUUCUAAAAAAAAUGCUUUAUGCCUAUAUCUUGUGUUCUAAGUCUGAAAAAAAAAUUAAGGAUGUAAAUUCUUUUCGAUUUUUUCGCUGACUUGAUUGUUCAACACAAUUAUAUAGAGCUUAAGUAGCAACAAACACCCAUAUUAUUCGUAUGAACAUCACAUUUUGGAGAAAUUUGAGUGGAAAACAAUAAAAAUUCUUAAUAUUAAGAACAAAAUAAAACAAGUCCGGCUACUCGAAAAAUAAUAAUAGUCAGUCUAGGACCAAAAUUUACUGGUUCUUUUAAAAAAGUGUAUUUUACAAAAGGAUGUAGAAAAAACAUUAAUUCUCAAUGUGCAAGCCUCGUGUACAAGCAAAAACUCGGCUGAGUGGCGUUUUUAUUGCCAUAAAUUUUUGACUCCAAUGCAUGUUUUAAAAGGCAACGCCAAGAGGAAAUACUGAUUGGAGGAAAUAUGGUAUUACAUUAUUAGCUUUUUACGAGAAUGUUUAAAUACGGAAGUUGUCGAUCAUUAAGGACAUCCUUUAUAUCCAUAUAAGGAAGUUUCUUUACUUUGAACUUUUAAUCAUGUAACGAUUGUUUUUCGUUUUCCCCUUUAAAUAUUUGUCCUCCUCCUUAUAAUUUUUAAAUGUAUUUUAUUGUAUUCAAGGAAAAAGUUUUUCCUAUUUUAAUAUGCAAAUUAUUACAUUAUUUUUUUAACGUGUAUUUAUGUAAUAUGUUUUUUAGUUAAAUUAAAAGUCUUUUAAAA